AUGUCGCGCGAACAAUAUACCCCACCGUCGCUCUCUCAGCAAGGCCAAGCUUCUGGCUCUGGAACCGGUGGCUUCAACAUCACAGGCCAAGGCAGCACAUUCGAAGACACCUCGAAGCCAGUCCACUAUCUCUGCGGCGACUGCGAUAACAAAGUCGUGUUGAAGAAGGGCGAUCCGAUCCGAUGUAAGGAGUGUGGAUAUCGCGUGCUGUACAAGGAGAGGACGAAUCGGUGA